GGCUUUAUGACGGCCCCCCCACCCCUUACGCAGCUCAAAUAUUGUUGUGAACCUCCGUAUAUGUCACUGUUGGUGGACGGACAGAGAAAGCACAAGGAGCUCCUUGAGGUUGGAUCGCUAGGCGGUGUGUUGCUAGUUCCUAUUGGUACUUGUGCUUUCAUUGUUUGACUCAGUAGCGGUGGUUUAAGUCAGUCAUGUCGGACGGAGAGAAAAAAUCUAAGAUCUCCUCCUCCAGAAAGCUGGGGUUAAAAAUCAAACUUUUGGCAGUCGCUACUCAAAUGCUGGAGGAGGAAAAAAAUCAGAAGAUAAAGGAAAAAGAAGCCGUGCUGGCAGAGAGACUUCCUCCGCUGAAUCUUUCUGGUCUGUCUUUACAGGAACUGCAGGAUCUGUGCAAAGAAUUGCACCGCAAGAUUGAUAUAGUAGACGAGGAGCGCUACGAUGUUGGCCUGAAAGUUUCCAAAAACAAUGUGGAGAUUGAAAACAUGAAACUGAAGAUUACUGAGAUCCAGAGUAAGUUCAAGAAGCCUCACCUGCGGAGAGUGAAGAUCUCAGCUGAGGCGAUGCUGAGCGUUCUGCUGGGCUCCAAACACAAGGAGUCAUUUGACUUCAAGGCAAACCUCAAAACUGUCAAGAAGGAGGAAGAAAAGAAAGAGGAGGUUACUGACUGGCGUAAGAACGUGGAGGCCAUGUCUGGGAUGGAGGGCAGGAAGAAGCUCUUUGACGCUUCUGGCAACUGAAGACAAAAACACUAGCUUUUCUGUUUUAUAAUAUUUCCAAAUUCUGUAAAAGACGCUACUAUAACGUAACAUCAUCCGUACAUUGUACUGCUGAAUGCAAAGAGACACUUCAGGAAGACUCGAGGUUUAGGGAAAUUAUCGUCGCAUCAACAACGACGCAGCAGAAAUGUGCUCUUUCUUCCAGCAGAUGGCAGCAGAGCUCUUUAACUUUUAAGCACCUCUGGAAACUUUGGACGUUCAGAAAAGUUUGGCGAUUUCAAACAAUAUUAUUUGCUGUUUAGAAACAGUUCUCAGUUGUAGCAAACUGACUUGAUGUGGUACAGCUACAAAAGUAGCAUUGGCCAAUAAAAGUGCUUCUAAAAUAAUAAAAAAAAGAUAUUUCUGUUAGUUUCUGUAUAUUCAUAUCCUCCACAAAAAGGGUAUUAUGUGUUAUUUUUUAUCUAUAUCUAGAAAUCCUACUAGAAAGCAUACUUGAUCAAGUUUAUUUUGACCUAUCAUGAUAAAAAUAAAUAAAUAAAUUACACACUU